AUGGCAGCUCCUCCACACUCAGAUAUGAAUGACCGAGGCGCCCAGCCCGCGCCCCUUGGCUCGAACCAACACGGGCAGUCCCAAAACAUCAUCGAUGAAACCAAGAGCAACUACGGUGGCAAUGCUGAUGCCAAUGUUGGUGAGACGAUUGACGCCGGAAAGCAAGGCGGCCUAUCUAAGCGCGUCGAGAAAUUGACAAACCAGCCUACUGAUGACCUACCUACGAUCGGUACGAAGAAUAAGGUCCAAGAGAGGGAUGAGUAUCAGGUCGGGAGCGGCGAAGAUGCGCACGAUUCAUCAGCAAGGAACCAGGCAUAG